AGCCGAGUGAAUCGUCUCGGCGGCUCCCCAGUCUGUUAUCAUCUCUCCAGUUGACACCGUGGUGUCGCCGCAUCACAGCACUAUUCGUACACCUCACCAAUUCAGCGCAUAUAAGCAGUUGGACUUGAACUCGUGGCAUUUGAAACUGAAGAUAGCUGUGCUCUGAUUUCAGUCGGUACUGUACUCUUGGUGCGACAUGGAUUUGGGCUAAAACCAUGAAACAAGUCAUCAGAAGAAGCCUGGAGGGAUCGGACGAUGCGUCUUCGACGUCCAGCAGGAGAUCAUCACGAUUUUUGGCGGUGGAUUUCACGCGCGAUGAGGUUGCCCACAAAACCUUCAACACCCACCAAAACCCUCCGGCACAGGACUUCUACCACCUGAAACAGCGCUGUCUCACCGAGGGAACCCUCUUCGAAGAUUCCGACUUCAAACCGGUACACUCGUCGCUAACGAAGCGCCCAUCGAACCCGGACCGGUCGAUCGAAUGGCUGCGUCCACGGGAGAUCUGCCGCAAGCCGAAGUUCUUCGUCGACGGAGCGUCCCGUUUCGACGUUCGGCAGGGCAACCUCAACGACUGCUGGCUCCUCACGGCCACCGCCAAUCUUACCGCAAAUGGGCGACUUUUCCGGAAGACGGUUCCGCAGGAUAAUUCUUUCGAAGAUGAUGAGUAUGCUGGCAUAUUCCAUUUUAGGUUUUGGCAGUUUGGCCAAUGGGUUGAUGUGGUGAUCGACGAUCGGCUUCCGACGCGGGAUCGAGAGCUGAUCUACAUGAAAUCUAGUCAGAAGAACGAGUUCUGGAGCGCGCUGCUGGAGAAGGCUUACGCCAAGUUACACGGGUGUUACGAGGCGCUGAACAGCGGAACGGCUCGGGAAGCGAUGCAGGACUUCACCGGAGGAAUAACCGAAUCGUACAGGCUUAGGGGGAAGGAGCCUCCGCCGGAUAACUUGUUCGAAAUCAUCGAUACGGGCUUUCAGAGGGGGUCCAUGUUUGCGUGUAACAUCUUGCCAGAUCCUAAAAUCCCGGAGGCACAUACUCCGCAAGGUCUGCUGAAGGGUCACUCGUACUCCGUUACAAAGACCCACAUCAUGGGAGCGAAGAAGCUGAUUCGUUUGCGAAAUCCUUGGGGAGACGGCAUUGAGUGGAAUGGUGCUUGGAGCGAUAGGUCACAGGAGUGGCAAGCGAUUCCGAAGGCACAGCGCAAACAACUCGGGUUGACGAUCGACAACGAUGGGGAGUUUUGGAUGAAUUUUGAAGACUUCUUACGGUAUUUUGAUCGAGUGGAAAUCUGUAAUUUGUCUCCGGAUCCGCUCGAUGAAACGGAAGGUAGUAAGCGAGGUUGGCAGGUAUCCACCAUCGAUGGUGAAUGGGUCAAGGGGUCAACCGCUGGGGGAUGUAUCGACUAUUUGGAGUCAUUUUGGACGAAUCCUCAAUACGUAGUUAACUUGGACAAACCGGAUAGUGACGAUCCGUCCGAGAUGUGCACAAUAGUGGUAGCGCUGAUGCAAAAGUUUCGUAGAGCAGAAGAUCUACCCAGUCUGACGAUCGGGUUCGUCAUCUAUCGAGUUACCGAAGAACACCUACGCAACAAACCCGUUCCAAUGAAGUUCUUCAAAAAGAACGACUACCGUAUUGUGUCUCGAUCCAUUUUCAUCAAUUCCAGAGAGGUCAGUUGCCGGCUAAGGAUCAACCCAGGAAUGUACCUUAUUGUACCAUCAACCCUACACCCAAGUGAAGAGGGAGAGUUCCUAAUGCGUAUAUUUUCCGAAUUGCGCAAUUGUUUGGAGGAAAACGACUGCACCGUCUGUUUCGGAACGAUGGAUGAUCGAGUAUCCGGACCCCUCCAAGAAGACGAGGAUUGGCCCCGGAUGGUACGGCAUUUCUACGAAUUGGCCGAUCGGAAGAAAACCAUCGAUCACAUUGCCUUGAGCGCCAUCCUGUGCCGAUUCUUCUUCGCCCCUCCUCCAAAAGUCAAGAAACGGUCAAACGUCUGGGUGCGAAUCUGCUUACAGCUGCAGGAAAUUAUUUUCUGCGGAUGGAUUCCUUGCCAACGACCACAUAAACGACCUCAAAGCAAACCUAAACCAGUUGAUCGCACUCUCGUUCUACAAAUAUCCCAGCAAUUGAUCUCUCGCGUCAGCGUCAACAAAUCUAGUCAAAUCCAGUACGAACAGUUUCGAACCAUUAUCCGGGAUGUGCAACAGUGGCAGGCGGUGUUUCAGCUGUACGAUCUGGACCAAAGUGGACAUUUGGACAGGAAGGAGCUCAAGAGCGCUCUCAAUUCUUCGGGGUUCAACGUCAACAAUCGAGUUCUGCACGAGCUGAUGAAACGGUCCCGAGAGUCCCGAGUGGAGGGCAUGGAGUUGGUGGAUUUCGUACUGUGUGCAGUGGAAAGUCGGAAUGCUAUUGAAAAGUUACAACAAAGCGUAGCAGAUGAUGCAGAACGAAAAAUCACCGAUAAAAAAGCUGUUUGAAACUAUGUGGAAGACAAUGGAGGAUAGUUAUUUACAAAGCUGCUACUAGUAGAAUUGAAUUUAUUAAUUAUUUUUAAGUAAAACGAUAAUAUUAUAUGCAGUCUCAUAGAGACUGUUAUUUAUAUACAAAGUAUAUAUAUCGCAAAGUAUUUCUAUUGAUGUGCUUUUAGUGUGUGACAAUCAUAAAAUAUAGAAUGAAGCAUUCCACAA